GGAAGUGGCGGCCGGGCGGCGCGCGGCUCGCUGACGGCCCGGGGCUUUGCUUGCCGCGCGCCUUCCUCAGCGGUCCCGCAGCCCGACGCCUUGUCCCGCGGGGUGGGCCUGGUCACCGCUUCUUCGGUCUCCUUUAUUCCUGCCUUAGGUCGAGUUCCUAAUACCAUUUACAUUUCCUUCUCCAACUCGCCCUGCCUAUUCAGCUGAAGCUUCCCUUUCAGGGAGUUACCUAACCACCUCCCGAAACUGUCGUUCUGCCGUUUGCCUAAUUCCUCUCUUUAGGGGGAAAUUUUCUUUGUUCGUUUUUUUUUUUUUUUUUUUUGUCCUCCCCUUUAAGUCCAAGAGAAAUGCAGUGGGGAAGAUUACGUCAUCGCAAUAUAAGGGGUCAUCAUCAAAUUUGAAAUAUUUAAAGUGGAUACAAAACUGUUUCAGCAAUGCAGACAAUUAAGUGCGUUGUUGUGGGCGAUGGUGCCGUUGGUAAAACAUGUCUCCUGAUAUCCUACACAACAAACAAAUUUCCUUCUGAGUAUGUACCGACUGUUUUUGACAACUAUGCAGUCACAGUUAUGAUUGGUGGAGAGCCUUAUACUCUUGGACUUUUUGAUACUGCAGGGCAAGAGGAUUAUGACAGAUUACGACCGCUGAGUUAUCCACAAACAGAUGUAUUUCUAGUCUGUUUUUCAGUGGUCUCUCCAUCCUCAUUCGAAAAUGUGAAAGAAAAGUGGGUGCCUGAGAUAACUCACCACUGUCCAAAGACUCCUUUCUUGCUUGUUGGGACCCAGAUUGAUCUCAGAGAUGACCCCUCUACUAUUGAGAAACUUGCCAAGAAUAAACAGAAGCCUAUCACCCCAGAGACUGCUGAAAAACUGGCCCGUGACCUGAAGGCUGUCAAGUAUGUGGAGUGUUCUGCACUUACACAGAAAGGCCUAAAGAAUGUAUUUGAUGAAGCAAUAUUGGCUGCCCUGGAGCCUCCAGAACCGAAGAAGAGCCGCAGGUGUGUGCUGCUAUGAACGUCUCUCCAGAGCCCUUUCUGCACAGCUGGUGUCGGCAUCAUACUAAAAGCAAUGUUUAAAUCAAACUAAAGAUUAAAAAUUAAAAUUCGUUUUUGCAAUAAUGACAAAUGCCCUGCACCUACCCACAUGCACUCGUGUGAGACAAGGCCCAUAGGUAUGGCCCCCUUCCCCCUCUCAGUACUAGUUAAUUUUGAGUAAUUGUGUAUUGUCAGAAAAGUGAUCAGUACUAGUUUUUGUUUUGUUGUUUCAAAAAAAUUAUUAUUAUUUUUUUUUGUUUAAAAGCAAGGCAUGCUUGUGAUGACUCUGUAACAGACUAAUUUGGUUGUUGAAGCUGUUUCCGGGUUCCACUCUGGCGAGUAAUCUGGGAUAUCUAGUUUUCUUUUUUCUUUUCUUUUUUUUGGGGGGCGGGGGAGUGUGUGUGGGAUUUGUUUUUAUUUAGUCAUGUUUUUUAAAUUCAUUAACCAUUGGACAGCCCUUAAGGGGAGGAGGAUAGAUUGAUUCCACAUUCCACUUCCUAGAUCUAGUUUAGAAAACGUGUUCCCCACCUGGUGCUCUUAGGAAGGAGUAUAGUAAACGCCUCAUUUAAUAAUAUACUCCUUUUUGAAAGUUGCCUUUUCUCUCCACCCUUGAGUAGGUCCAGUAUUUGAUGAAACUCAUGAAAGUGGGUGGAACCUGUCUUGCCCCUCCUCUUUUCUAGGAUGCACUAUAUAUGUGACUGUGACUCUCAAGGAAAUUUGUUUGCCAUUUGCUGAUUUUUUUUGAAGUUAAUUUCUAACUUCUUUCACUGAUAAAUGAAGAAAAGUAUUGCACCUUUUGAAAUACACCAAAUGGAUUGAGUACGUAAUUAAAAAACAUUUUUUUUCCCUGUCAGUCAUUGUCUUAAUAUGCUUAGCAUAGAUGUGCAGCUUAAUAGUGUAUGAUACAGUGUUCCUAGAACACAGCUGAAGACCUGGUAUAUAGAGGAAAUCCGAGGGGUGGUGCUAGAAGACAGAUGUCUAUGGGAUGAUUCACAUCCUCUUUCAAGUUAUGAGGAUGGAGACCUGCUUCAUUAAGAAGCUGGGGGUGGGGUGGGGUAGGGUGGGGGUGGGGAGAACAUUUAACAACAUGGGGACCAGUCAGGGAAAUCCCCUUAUUUCUGUUUUGCAUAUGAGGAACGCUAGAGCAGCCAGGUGAGGCUCUCUAGUUUAAUAAAAAUCCUGGGGAGAGUCUUAUGAAGACUCUUCAUAAGUGUUAAUAGGGAUUUUAUCAGCUUAUUUUGGUUGCAGUUUCCAAGUCUUAAAAAUGUUAGGUAAUCUUCCCCACCUUCCCCAAAUCCUACUUCUUGUAGAUUUCAUUAGUGUUGAACCAAUGCUUUCUCAUGUCUGAAUUCUUUGUAUAUGCAUUCUUUUCAGAUGUAUUAAACAAACAAACAAAAAAACCCA